AUGGCCAGCCACGCGGUGAACGAGAUGGCACAGAAGGCCGCGGGCCUGGGUGCGGCUGCCCUCCCCCGCCCCGGCAGAGUUGCCUCCAAUCGGGCGGCCAGAAAGACGGCGUCCAUGCCAUCCCCAUCAGCAUCCCGCUCGCAGCAGCCCGCCGCUCCGGGCGUGGCGGCCAGCGCCGUGGCCACCGAGGCGCCGGCAUCCACGGCUGCCCCGCCGCGGCAGGAUGAGUACGACCUGGGGGCCACCACGUUGACGACGUGGCUGCUAAAGCAGGAGCUGAAGGGAACGAUCGACUCUGAGUUCGCGGUGGUGCUGUCGUCGAUCGCGCUGGCGUGCAAGCAGAUCGCCUCGCUUGUGGGCCGGGCGGGGAUAUCCAACCUGACGGGGCUGGCGGGCGAGGAGAACGUGCAGGGCGAGGCGCAGAAGAAGCUGGAUGUCGUCUCCAACACGGUGUUCUCCAACUGCCUGCGGUCCACGGGCCGCACGGGGAUCAUCGCAUCCGAGGAGGAGGAGUUCCCGGUGUUCGUGGAGGAGACCUUCUCGGGCAACUACGUCGUGGUCUUCGACCCGCUGGACGGCUCGUCCAACAUCGACGCCGGCAUCUCGGUGGGGUCCAUCUUCGGCGCUUACUUGCCCAGUGAGGAGUGCAGCUUGGAGGACGCAGAGGAUGGCGAGACGCUGAUGAACAACUGCGUGCUGAACGUCUGCCAGCCUGGCAAGAUGCUCAAGGCUGCGGGCUACUGCCUUUACAGCACUUCCACCGUGCUGGUACUCUCAGUGGGCGACGGCGUCUUUGGCUUCACCCUGGAUCCCCUGAUUGGCGAAUUCGUGAUGUCCCACCCUUACAUGCAGGUUCCGGAGUCUGGGAAGAUUUACUCCUUCAACGAGGGCAACUACGACAUGUGGGACGAUGAUGUGAAAGCCUACAUCGACAGCUUGAAGAAGCCGGAGAAGUGGGAGGGCAAGCCCUAUUCCUCACGCUACAUUGGUGCCCUGGUUGGCGACUUCCACCGCACAAUGCUGUAUGGGGGUAUCUAUGGCUACCCAGGUGCCACUAAUGCGCCCAAUGGAAAGCUCAGGCUGCUGUAUGAGUGUGCACCCAUGAGCUUCCUGGCCGAGCAGGCAGGGGGCAUGGGGUCCACAGGCAAGGAACGGGUGUUGGACAUCGACCCCACUGCAGUGCACCAGAGGGUUCCCUUGUUCAUAGGGAGCAAGAAGGAGGUUGAGUACUUGGAGAGCUUCACUAAGGGCAAAUGA